AUGAGCAUGUCCGCUGCCAACCUGACCGUGGUCGUACAGUAUCGAGACUCCUUCUCUAAAGCCGUGGCCAAGAAUGUGAUAGUGGUGGUGCUCGGCCUCUCCAUCAACUACAUCAAUGUGGGCCUGAUUCACACCUUCUGCAAACACCAGAUCUUCUACACGAAUCCUCGGUACAUCCUUUUCAUUCACCUGGUGGUCAACGACAUGAUCCAAAUGACGCUGUCCCUUUCCAUGUUCAUCAUCAGCUACACUAUUUACAGAAUAAAUGCGUCUGUUUGCUGCACCUUCAUCCUGAUCGCUCUGUUCAUGACUGAAAACACGCCUCUGAACCUGGCCUGCAUGGCGAUGGAGUGCUACAUCGCCAUCUGCUUCCCUCUGCGCCACGUACAGAUCUGCACCGUCAAGAGAACGCUGAUGCUGAUUGGUUUGAUCUGGACGACUACCAUGUUGUCUGUGCUCCCCGAUCUGUUCAUCACUUUGGCCACAGUGCCACUGGACUUCUUUCACUCUCGUAUUUUCUGCCUCAGAAAAACUGCCUUCCCAAAUCCCAUCAUCUUGGAGAAGAGAAAUACUACCUAUAUUUUGUAUCUGGUUAUAGUUUGGUUUGUUAUCUUUUACACUUUUUUCAAAAUCCUAUCCACUGCUAAAACAGCUAGCAGUAAUACUAAAAAGGCCAGAAACACAAUCAUUCUGCAUGGGUUUCAGCUGCUGCUUUGUGUAACCAGCUAUGUAACUCCCCAGCUUCAAGAUUCUCUGAUGCAAUGGUUCCCUGAGCAUAGUACAGACAGCCUUUUUGCUGUCUAUCUUGUUGUUCAGAUCCUGCCAAGAGCAAUCAGUCCAAUCAUCUAUGGCAUACGAGACAAGUCCUUUAAGAAGUACCUGAAAAUGUAUCUGCUGUGUAGUACGAGCCCACAGUGA